GAUGUCACAGGCCGUUCCCGCCCAGGCGGAAGCGCGGGGAGCGCAUCUCCAGCUUGCGCUGGUCCUGGGUCUUCCCCUGCGGAACCCUCAAUCAGCUAGCGGCAGGCGGGACGUGAGUGGCGGCGCUAGGAUGGGAAACAGUGCCCUCCGCGCUCAUGUGGAAACGGCGCAGAAAACUGGUGUCUUUCAGCUUAAAGACCGAGGACUGACCGAGUUCCCCUCAGAGUUGCAGAAGCUGGCGAGCAAUCUCAGGACCAUCGACUUGUCCAACAACAAGAUCGAGAGCCUACCGCCUUUGCUGAUAGGGAAGUUCAUUCUCCUGAAGAGCCUCUCCCUGAACAACAACAAACUGACUGUUCUUCCUGAGGAGAUAUGCAAUCUGAAAAAACUAGAGACGCUAAGCUUAAACAACAAUCACCUGAGAGAGCUGCCAUCUACCUUUGGGCAACUCUCUGCCCUCAAGACCCUGAGCCUCUCUGGGAACCAACUGGGAGCACUACCACCCCAACUUUGUAGCCUACGGCACCUGGAUGUGGUGGAUCUCUCUAAGAACAAGAUUCGAAGUAUACCUGACAUAGUAGGGGAACUGCAGGCCAUCGAACUCAACCUCAACCAAAACCAGAUAUCUCAGAUCUCAGUAAAGAUAUCUUGCUGUCCUCGCCUUAAAGUUCUUCGCCUGGAAGAGAACUGUCUUGAGCUUAGCAUGCUUCCACAGAGCAUCCUCAGUGAUUCCCAGAUCUGUCUACUUGCAGUGGAAGGCAAUCUUUUUGAAAUAAAGAAACUUCGAGAACUGGAAGGCUAUGAUAAGUACAUGGAGAGGUUCACAGCCACGAAGAAGAAGUUUGCAUGAUGUUCUCCAGGACCAUGGGAACCUUACAGGAUACUGACUUGGAUCCUCUGUUGGAAUCUGGCUGAAUCAAAGGAUCCUAUUGUUGUCAAGGAUACCUGCAGUGAGAAGAUGACACUCCAGGAGAUUAUAUUUCACGCAAUGAAUUGUUUCCUUUUCAGGGCUCUUCUCAAAUAAGGAAUCAGGAGAUAGGAGGAUUCCUUAAUUUUGAGUCACGGAUAGAACAAUGCACAAGGUUGAUCUUCAAAACCGUCAUUAGUUUGGCUUUCAGAAACCAGUAGCUAGUUGCUAUUUAUACAGUGAGGGGUGCUGCCUGUAUCAGAAUAGCUCCACACCACAGCUUGAGAUUUUGUUUAGUUUCAAUGUGUGAGCUUUCAUAAAGUCAGUUGCCAUUCCAUCUCUGUGUUAACAUUUCAUAUUUUUAUGAAAUUCAAAUAAUUUGUGAGAGGCUGCUAUGGUUAAUGUAAAGGUUUAUGAUUUUAUUGCAGUCCAUCAGUUCAAUUGCAGUGUUUAUACUUAGAAUUUAGGACAUAAAUAUGUGACUGUUUGUCUUGAUUAAAAGUGUACUUUGUCAGAGAAGCACCAACACAACACUAAGAUGUUUCCCAAGGCUGCAGUAGCAAAUUCUUUACUAUUGCAGGUGCCUUAUUGGUAGAGGGCUCUUAAGAGCAAAAACUGUAUAUGCAACACUUGUAAGACAAAAGGGAUUUUAAUAAUCAAGAUUUUCCUGAAGCUUUGUUAGAAAUAUUAUGUUUUAUUUCUGGUAAUCUUUUCCCCUUUUUGUAUUUAUAACACUACUAAUCAAAUUACCUAUCAAGAAACCAUUGCUACAAUAUUUUAAAACAACCUAUGUUUAUCAAGUUUAUUCUCUGAAUGAGAGCACAUACUAAAUAAAGAAUUUUUAAUGAA